AUGCCUUUUCGGAUUGGGACCCAGCCACGGAGGUUUCCAGUGGAAGGAGGAGAUUCUACUAUUGGGCUGGAACCUGGACUGAGCUCCAGUGCUGCCUAUAACGGGAAAGAGAUAUCACCAGCAAGGCAACUGCGAAGAUGCCAUGGAAGUCAUUGCCUGACAAUAACCGAUGUCCCCAUCAAUGUCUAUGCAACAAUGCGAAAGCUACCUGCACAAAGCAGCAAGGACAUGCAUCCCAAAUAA